AUGGCAGCUGUAUUUUGCCCGCCUGUCAACGUCAGGGUACUAUUUACCCGAUAUGUCAGGUUUAUGAAUAAUUAUUACCCUGUGUCUGUCGCCAUGGUUACGGAGACCAUAUUUGUAUUUUUGUGCACUAAAGAAAACUCUCCGUUUUAAACUAAGAAUCCAAAAGAAAAUAGUCGUGUUUUAUUCAUCAUACUACAAAGGUAAGGAGUGUAAGAAUGUAUAUGUUUAAAAAGGUUGUUAUUUUCCAAGCAAAUAAUGUAUAUUCUCAAAAAUAUGCCAAGUAUAUUGUCAUAUUGUAUGUUCAUAUUUUUAUUAUUGAUUUCCUACGUUUGUUUCCCACAUGUAUUAUACAAUAUUCCCGUACGUUCAAUACUUAAAUUGCAUGUAAGUUGACUUUAUAUAAGCUUAAUAUAUAAGUAUAUUCUAGUUAGAUGCAUUAAACAUCUUUCAGUUUUAUCUGUUUUUUGGAGGGUCUAUUUAAACCUAAAGGCUAUGGCCUACGGUCCCCCCCCCCUGCCAGGUUUCCUAACUAUGUAUAUUUGCACUCAUGUUACAUUAAAAACUUUUAAUCUUGUGUAGGUUAAUCAAGAUGCAUCGAAUUCAAAGCAGGCAUUCUGUCAUGAGUGACAUUGAAAUGGAUGGCCUAGGUAAAAAAUCUGAUUGUAAUUAUUGGGUCAUUCCAGAAAACGUCGCAUACCUCCCCCAUGGAGGAAAUUGGACAUUAACCCUCCUACUCCCUUUGGAUGUCCUAUAAUACACUUACUAUAAUCAGAAACAAAUUUUUCUUCCCCACUCCCUUUUGACGGCAGAAAUAUCCUCCUUGGGGGGAGUAUGAAUCUUUUCUUGAAAUUUUUUUGAGAAUUUUUAAACUCAAGUGACUAACCAUGACUGAUAAAUUGUUUCAUCAACUAUUUAGCUGAGCAAGAGUUGGAAAAACUUCAGCGACAAUAUCGUGUGAUGGAUGGCGAUCGCAGAGCGUACUGUGAAGAAUCACAAAAUGUCAUCAGAAAGCAACAGUAUGUUUUAAGAUAGAAAAUCUUUAUCUAAAUUAUAGGACUUAAAGAAGACAACUAAGUCUAGUUCAUGACAAAGAAGUGGGGACAUUUGCUCACAACAUUGAUCGUAGAAUGACUUAAUUUUUUAAGAAGGGCUAAAUCACUCAAUAUAUUAUAAAUUUUUCCAGAGAUCAAAUUGCUCAGCUCGAUCAAGAAAUCCGUGAAUUGCAAAAAGAACUGGGUCUAGCAGGAAGUAAACAAAACUAUCAAAAGGUGACUGAAUAAUUAUCAACAUAUACCUAAUCCACUUCAUUAAUUUGUAGUCCUGUAAGUCCAAGUUCUUGUCAUCUGUUAAGUCUAUACCUGUACCUGCAUUACAGCUUUGCCCACAUUCACAUAUAAUUUCACAUGCAUUUCAGGAUAACAAAAAUACAGAUAGUCUUGUAAAACUGCUUGAAAAACAAAGUAAGUAAAUACAGUAUUACUGCAAAUACAUUUCAGCAUCAAAAUAUAUGGGCCUCAAAAACACGUCAGGAAAGUAUAAAUUACUAGUUUAAAGUAUUGUCUUACUAGACACUCUCAAAACACAAUAUGAUGAAGAGAAGAAACUUAUGCAGGACCUUAAUAGACAGGUAAUGAAUAUGUAUUCUACACUUCUAAUAGUGUUCUAAUUGUAUCAUAUAUUGUUCUAAUUAUAUUAUAUCUUGUUCUAAUUAUAUCAUAUCUUGUUCUAAUUAUAUCAUAUCUUGUUCUAAUUAUAUCAUGUAUUGUUCUAAUUAUACCACGUCUAAUUGUUCUAAUUUUUGUUUGUUUACUAGAUAAAGCAAAUGGAGCAAUCCAAGAGCAGAGAAAGGCAAACAAUGGGAGGGUAAGUAAUUUACCUUAAAGAACAGGAUGGUAAUUAUGGAAUUUGGUAUAGUGGUGUUAAUGUGUUGUAAAAAUUGACAUUUUAGGACAAAUAUGCAACACCAAGUUCAAGUGCAGUUAGGAAAACAGAUUAGAGUGAUGGAAAAUCGUCUGGAUAAGGUAACUAUAGUUGCAGAAACUGGUCAAAAGAACAGUGUGUAGAAAUGAAAUAUUGGAAGAUUGAAAGAAGAAAGAAUGGUGAUGGAAUCACUAAGAAGUCAGGAGUUUAAUAAUUAGAUGAAAAAUUUGGAGAGAUGUACUGCAGUUAUAGAAAACGUGUAGAAAAGGAUUAAAUCAUGAAGAGAAUCAUUAGAGAUAAGAAAACUUUUAAUGGAUGGAUGAAGUAGAAAAUGCAUGGAAAUCAAUACUUAACAGGGAGAAAUGUCUGGUUGCAGUUUUUCAAUACAGUUCUGUGUGAAGAGGUUUAUUAUAAUUAAGUUAAGUUUAAAUUUAAGAAAGAUAAUAAUUUUUGCCAAAGCAACAAAAAUCAGUCUGUGCAAAAAUCUCAGCCUUCUUCCCAAGACUACUGUAUGUCAUGCCUUUAAACAUAAACCUUCAACGCGGAUUUUCCGUUGCAGAAAACAACGCAGUUUAAUAAUUUCCUCGCGAAGAACGCAAAGCUACGAGAUGAAAUAGACCACGCGAGGAAAGUGCGCACUAUUUUUGGAGGAGAGUACAGAAAGUUGGAAGGAAAUUUGGCGGAGUUGAAGAAAGAGAUGGGAGAAAUUAUUGAGACAUCUUCUGCCGCUUAUGAUGCGAGGUAAUAACUGAGAUACAUCACACAUUAGUAUUAUUGUUAUUCUGAGAGUUACGUAAAAGCCAGACUGGAAAGUUUGCAAAUUGCGCUUUCGAGAUCAAAAUUUUCCAGACAUUUUGCGCGCCUAGUUUUCGAAUCUGCGCGCCUGGCCGUGGUAUCCUAAUUUGCACGCGCGGUUUUUAAUCCAAACAUAACAAAGUAAAUUAAAAGAUAUUAGUGACCUAUAUCGUUUAUUAGUUCAUGUUUUAAGUUAGUCUAUUUGGUUAAAAAAUUAAAAUUUUUAAGAAACAAUAUUAUCACAUGCACCAUACGAAACGCUCGCCGAGUAACAAGAAGUCCAUUUCAAUGAUAACCAAGAACUGGGUUUCAUUUUGUUACUUUAGGGAUGAAGCCCAAUCAAAAAUGAUCGCGUUAAAAGAGAAAGCGGACAAGGACCUACUUCAGUAUAACAUGGAACUGAAGGAAUUGAUAAGAAUCAUUGAUCAUGAUCGAAAACUGAAGGAGUUCAUGAGAGUGAAGGGCGAGGAACGCGCCGAUCUUGCUGAUAAGGAACUGGGAAUGAAACAGCGGAAGAAAGAGACAGAGAGGGAUAAAGGGGACCGUGAGGAGACUGUCGAGGUAAGUAGGUACCAUUAAUUUCAAAAUUAUACUGGAUAGCCGAACUGAUUUUUCGGUGCAGAAAACUUAAACGUCGAGUCCACUAUUAACUUCUUCAGACUUUAAAAAUACCAAGAAACAUUAUACACUAAAUAUAUUAUUUUCACAUGUACAGAAAAUCUCAAACAUCAUAAUAAGUUAGAAAGGUUUGUGAUGUUAUUCUGAUUGUAUAUACACACUGGGCGAGCUUGAAAAUAUGCCCGGCCACGGUGGGAAUCGAACCUACGACCUUUGGAAUACUAGCCCAAUGCUCUGCCAACUGAGCUACGCGGUCAGGACGGUUCGAGUAAGUGAUAUUUCUGAACAGAAUAUAGUUCUUUCGAUUCCAAUGUAAUCUUGUAUCAUCUUGUAUAAAAAAAAUAAUAAAAAAUCAAGUUAGAAAGGUUGUAAAUUGGUUCUUCAACAUAAACCCCCAAAAGAAAACCCUAAUACUGUAUUGUCAAAUGAAAGUUGAGUCCAGCUGGAUUUUUUCUAUGUUGUUUUGUUAUUCCAAAUACUUAUUGUCAUUGCAUUAUUUUUACCCAGUCUUACGAAGAAGCAUUUGAGAAAUUGAAAGAAGCGACGGAAAUUGAAGACAUUGAUCUGUUAGUGAGCAAGUUUAUUGAAGUGGAGGACAAGAAUUUCGCGCUGUUUAAUUAUGUCAACGAAUUGAACAAUGAUAUCGAGAUACUACAAGAACAGAUCAGUAUGGUAGGUAUAAACCAUGCGUGUUGAAUGACAGAUAGUAUACUAUUGUUAGAUUUAGUUUGACAGAUAGUAUUGCUAUUUGUUAGAUUUAGUUUAGUUUUUGUUUCAUUCUGCCACAGUUACAGUCGAUUCACUCAAAUGUUCCGAACUUCGUUCCGAACUUCGCACAUUCGUUGCCAUGCAAGUUCAUAAUGAAACUCACAAACAGGUUUGUAAACUGGGCAUUUGAUUGGCUGGUUUGAUUUAAUAGCCAAUCAGAGGCUUUGUUUACAAACCUGUUUGCGAGUUUCAUUAUGAACUUUUGAACUUGGCAACGAAUUUGCGAAGUUCGGAACGAAGUUCGGAACAUUUGAGUGAAAAGUAAGUUGAAAUCGACUGUAAUAGUGAUUCUGCAUAGAGACUCUGGACCAAUAAGGGGUUGCUUUUACUGAAUCUCCAGCGAGAACAGUUUAGAACUGAUAGGGAUAUCCAGUAUAAACAAAGUUAGUUUAGUUUAGGUUUCUUUCUAUCGUGACUCAGUGGAUGCAUAUAAGGAGUGUCCUUAUUGGACCUCUAGGGAGAACAGCUUAUAACUUACAGAGCAACUAGCUAAAUCUAGUUAGUUUGGGUUCCUGAACAAGAACGAUUACGUCACUACAUAUUUAAGGAGAACAGGUUGAACUGAUAGAGCUAUUCAACAUAAAAAGUUAUAGUUAAAGUUUUCACCUGUAGUAGCACUGAAACAAUAUACUUGAACGGGGAUGUAAAAGACUGUACUUCUUGGUAGAAUAGUUAACAACUGAUGUUCCUAGCAGCGUUCUGUAGUAAGUUGUGUCUUCCAGGUUCAAGACGACAUUGAUACGUUCAAAAGUGAAGGAGUUGAUGUGGAAGAGGAAAGAAAAGCAAUUUUGAGAAAGUUGGAAGAUGAUCUCAACAAGGCAUCAAAAACGUGCGAGGAGUAUGACGAUGCUUAUAAAGGAACUCAUAAAAUAAUAGAGCAAUUGAAAGACGGUUAGUUGAUGUUAUUGCAAUUUAUUUUUUGACCAGCUCAUAUUGAACCUAAAGGUGAAAUGAUUUAAUAGACGGUCUGUGCCACAUGCAGGUAGAGCCAACACUACUAACUUCCCAAUGAAGGCCCAUCACUCCGACGUUCUUGCAUUUACAUGAACAAUAACAGGGUGAGUUUUGUUCAUUUCAGGUGUGGACUCAUUGUUUAAGAAAAUCAAUUGCGAUAAAUCAGCAAUCAGUGAUAUGUUGGGUGGAGUGGCUGGCGUCACUGAAGGAAAUAUGAUGCAGGUAGAACUACUGUACUAGUGUAAACUACUUGGUAUUUCAUCAUUGAGUGACCAGUGUAGGUUGUAUUCUACAAUGAGCUCAUGAGCUUUGUGUCUGAACUACGUGAAAAAAUAUCUCGAUCAAACGUAGAGGUCCAGUUUUAGUAGUAUUCGAAAAAGAAAAAUAUAUUAUAAAAAUAUUAUUGAUAGUUUUGUUUGUGGAAACCACGUAAAUUUAUUACUGCAAAGCUUUCGAUCCGUAAGCCCAGAUCUUCAUCAGUGCUAAUAAUAUGCAUAUUAUUAGCACUGAUGAAGAUCCGGGCUUACGGAUCGAAAGCUUUGCAGUAAUAAAUUUACGUGGUGUUUCCGCAAACAAAACUAUUAUAUUUUAUCGCCAUGCAAACAUACAAAGAACUUAAAAAUAUUAUUAUAAAAAUAUUCUACGUAAAAGAACACUCUUCAAGCGAAUUAGUAACAACGUGUUUCAUGAGAAUUAUAGAUAGCGUUUCUGCUUUCUUUUAGUAUCUUGGUAUUAUUGAGCAGAGAACGAAUGAACUUUUACAAACAUCUGCCUACAAGAAUGCCAAGGUAAGUGAAGCAAUGCAUGAAACUAGGAAUGCAAGACUAUACUGUAUAGUUUAUAAUAUUGACACUAUUUUCUCACUCCCUGUCGUUUUCCCUUCAUUGUAUGUGGUGCAUUUUUGUGAUUUAUGAAACCCAGCAGUCUUGACGUUCGCCUCAUAAGCUUAUCAUACUCAAUGUGAUCAAUUUAAUAGGAAACAGAGCGUACUGACCUAGGACCGGUGGGACUCUUGGGUGGCGGACCUCAGAUCGCUGCAGGCUCGGUAGCUAUCGUACCUCCGACGACAGGUGACGAUUAUGAGACCGAUGGAAGUACGGAAGAAAGCGAAGAUGAAUGUCGACCAAUGACAGCACAAGAGUUGAAGAGUAAAAUUAUGAAAAGUGUAAGUUAAUGAACAUCGUGAACUGCUACUGCAGAUCAAGGGUAGGGUUAGGUGAUGUGGGGUGGGGUAGGGUAGGAUAGGGUAGGCUUUUCAUUGCUUUACUUUGCUUUGCUUAUUAUUAAGUCGUACUUAUUUAUCCUAACGCGAAUGUUUUCUUCCCAAUAUAUAGAUUAAUCGAAGAGAAGCUCAACCUAAAAAGUCAAGUCCUCCUCUGUCAGCACGCUCUGAUGAAAAAGGCAUUAGCAAACGCAAGAAGAAAUAA